AUGGCAAGGGGUACAGGAGCUUCCCGGAAAGCAAAAGCUAAUGCCAAAUCAGAACGACCCACACGGACCUCGUUCCCGUUCGUCAUCGCAACAGAUCUGGGCAAGACGAGGGCCCAGGAUAUGAAGAUGAUACGUAGCCACGUUGUCCGGGGUAAAGGCAGGCCGAAGCGAGGAUCUGCUGUUGCCAAGCCUUCUGUUGGGACCUGGAUCAAGGCCCAGGCUGAGCAAAGCGUGUUACUUCCAUCCCAAGCGGCUGAACCCGAUCGUACUUCGAAAAAAGACCCUUCACCACCAGACUCAUCACCCCAAAGCUCGUUUCGAAGCUUUUCUACUCUCAACUCCGGAAUGUAUCCACCAAAAUUCUGCCUCGUAUACGACAUCUUCGACUCUUGCUGGCUCAAGUUCAUGAUCCAGGACCUUCUUUUCUCGUACACAGCCCAGUUCAUUGCCGAGGCUUUUACAUCUUGGGAAUAUGGCGGAGCACUUGGUGCAAGAGCAUCCAGUCUUCUAUCCCAGGUGCUUGUUACUCUUCAGCAGGCUAUUGAGGACAACGAAACUGCCACCGCAGAUGCUACAAUUGGAACAGUACUGUUCCUGACACUCGCCGCUGAUAUUGCGGGGGAUACUAGUGGUGCCAUGAAACACUUGCGAGGCCUCCAAAAGAUUGUUUCUAUCCGGGGAGGCGUGAGAAAGUUGAAUAGUACCCAGCUCCAAGGGAAAUGCUACAGAGCUGAUCUCCAACUUUCCAUGAUUUUGGGCUCGAGACCAUGCUUCUACGCAGACGAGAUGACGUGGGAGCCAUUUUUCAAGUCGAUUAAAACAAAGACAAUCCACUGUGCUAAGCUCGAAACUUAUUUGAGCCAAUCUGUCGGCUUCCCCGACCCGCGACUCUCCGCCAUCUGGACCGAUGUACAGGAGCUUUGCGCUAUAGUCGACUUAUCUAUCCUCACACAGCGAAAGAUUCGACCAGAAUUGUAUCAAGAGGUCUUAGUUUCCAUUCAGUACAGAUUACUUCAUCUAAGCUAUUCGAAAUGCCCAACAGAUGUGGGUGGUGAUCAAAAAUGGAAGGAUAUGCAUGAAGCAAUCCGAUUGGGGAUUCUAGGGUUAACCACCACUCUCUUCCUGUAUAGGGAGAAGGUUGAUACGAGCUAUCUUACGAUUGUAUCACGCCUUGAUGCAAGUCUACUUCAAUUAGAGGAGCCAGCAGAUGACAGGGCUUGGGAGCUCAGAGUAUGGCUUCUGUUCAUGAUGUCAGUCACGCUCGGUGGCGGUGGCGAUAGGUUUGAUGGGCUACUGGUGCGGGGAUUGGAGGCGCUCCGGAUCAAGUCUUGGGCUGCAACUAGGCAGCUUUUGAAAAGCUUGCUGUGGAUUGAUCUGCUUCAUGAUGAGGUUGGAAGGAUGGUGUAUGGCCGCUGUACGGGCGAGUCGUGA